AGCAGCGUGAGGAGAGGACCGGUGGUUCCACGGAAGGAGAAGGAGCCCAGAGAGAGGUAGGCGUGUGGGUCUCCUCCCCGGGUUGGGCUCGCCCUCUGCUUUAUACUUGGGCGAAGCUAAGACCCGCGCAAGUUCGGAAAUCCCUCCGGCUUCGUGCAAAAUAGUAAGGAGCUACCCUCGAGUUUAGGGUUUCCGCUUACGGCCUCGCCGAAACCCUAGAAGUUCCUCAGAGUCGGGGUUUAGGGGUUUUACAGAGGGAUUGAUUUCCUUUAGGGCGCUGAUCUCCGCGAGCUUCAUAUUCUUCAUGGGUUUUAUAGUCUUGGGGUUCUGAGAGAAGAAGAAGGGGAAGAAGGAUUCGAACGAGUGGUCUUUGUUUGAGGGUUUGGAAGACACUGAGUGGAGCCGUCGUCGAUGGACAUCUCGGUGGAGGAGUACCCGCGGGACGGCGUCGAGGACGAGGGAGUUCCUGCCUUGGACGGCGAGGGGGAGCGCCAGGUGGAGAACGAGGGGGACGGGUGCGAUGAAGGAGUGGAUGGUAUGGACAGUGCGGGGGAGAAGCGGAUGGGAUCUCCAUCUGAAGCGUCUUCGGGGAAAUUAUUUGUUGGUGGCAUUGCGUGGAGGACCACUAAAGAGACAUUCACGGAGCAUUUCCAGAAGUAUGGAGAGAUUACUGAUUCUGUGAUUAUGAAGGACAAACGCACCAAAAAGCCUCGUGGUUUUGGGUUUGUUACCUUUGCUGACCCAUCUGUUGUGGAGCUAGUACUAAAGGAUGAACAUGUCAUCGAUGAUAGGACAGUUGAGGUAAAGAGGACAGUCCCCAGGGAGGAAAUGGCAGCAGCACCAGACACCCAAACAAAGAAGAUAUUUGUUGGCGGGAUACCAACAUCUGUUACUGACGAUGAGUUGAAGGAGUACUUUUCUUCGUACGGGAAUAUUAUCGAGCAUCAGAUAAUGACUGAUCAGAGUGGCCGCUCACGAGGCUUUGGGUUUGUCACCUUUGAGAGUGAAGAGACGGUUGAAGAAAUUCUGUCAAGUUCACAAUCACAUGAAAUUAAAGGAAAGCAGGUGGAGAUCAAGAAAGCUGAGCCGAAAAGGUCAGGAGAAGGUCAAGGCUUUGGUAAGCGAACACGUGGUGGUGGUGGUGGUGGUGGUGGUGCAUAUGGGGACUAUGGACGGCCUGCUUAUGGGUAUGGAGGGAGUUCUAAUCGGUCUAGUGGUGGUUAUGGUGGAAGGAUGGGUGGCCAUGGUGGACCUAUGGGACAAGGAUAUGGUGGAUAUGGUUAUGGUGUUGGUUUUGGUGGCGGAGGUGGUGGUGGCGGUUAUGGUGGGGGAAUGAUGGGGCCUUAUGGAUAUGGUGUUUAUGAUGGUUAUGGCGGUAGAAUGGGUGGCUAUGGAGGUGGUGGAACUGGAUAUGGAGGUGGUGACAGUAGUGGUUAUGGCGGUGGUAUGGGUGGAUAUGGUGCUAUGGGUGGUUAUGGUGGUGGUGGUGUGAGUGGUUAUGGAGCUGGUAUGGGUGGCUACGGUGGCAAAGGUUAUGGUGGUGGUGGCGGCGGCCCUGGCAGCUACGGAAGUUCUGCCAAUGGUAGGUAUCACCCUUACGGAAGAUGAGCAGCACAGCUUCUGAGCGAGCUUUGUCGAUUCCUCUUGGGAGGAUGGAAUCGACAUUCUUGUAUAAUUUCUCGGCCUUUUGUCCGUAGUUGAUUUUGUGCAAGUUUGGAGGGGGACUUGUCACCUAAUGUGGAUCCCCUAGAACGCAUGCGACUGACACAUGGUGAAUGCAAUCGCUGAAAGGGAAACUUGAAUUCUAAAUUUGUUACAUGUUCUUCUUGAGUCGAAAAUUGUUGUUUUGUUCAUGAAAAAUUGAGUUUCACUAGGGUUAGUUAGGUACUAGUAAUCUCUCAUGGGGCAGGAAAUGAUGGGAAAAUCUUGUGUAUUGAAAGAUGAAUUUUUUAAAGGAAAGAUUUCUAAUCAUAAAGACUAUUCUUUUUCUCUAUAA